CAAGAAUAAUUAUUUGAAGAAGAGUCUUAUUGUGAAAUAAAUAAUUUUCUUAAUUAAUUAAAUUUGAAAAAAUUUAUUUAGAUUAUUGCAAAAAUAAAAAAUAAUCAUGGGUUGUUAUUCAAAAAAUAUCAAAGUAGCAAAUGCAUUUAUUUUGCAUAUUAUAAUUUUUACAUGCCUUAUUAGAAAUGCAUCAGGAUUGCAAUGUUAUGUUUGUGACACAACCUUAAAUGAAACAUGUGGAGAUAUUCAAUCUAAUAGUAAUAUAAAACCACAGGAAUGUGACUUACUUAAACAAUCAACUAUUAAAACAUGGUUAGCUGAAUUAAAUAAUAUAGUUUUUGAUUCAACAAAAAGUAAAGUAGAUACACCAAUGCAGUGUCAAAAAGUUGUUGGCACUAAAGGAAAUGGACCAGUUACGACAUAUCGUUUUUGUCAAUUGGAAUCAAAACUUUCAAAUCCAUGUGAAAGUCUAAUGAAAUCAGCUGGAAAAAGUAAUGAAAAAAUUCAAAUUAUAUCAUGUGAUUUAUGUAAUAAUGACAAUUGUAAUAAUGCUAUAAAAUUUAAAAUCUAUCCAACACUUAUUGGUUUCUUAACAUUACAUAAUUUACAUAAAUUAGAACUACGUGCUCAGCCCAGCGGAGCUACAGUCUACCGACCCUUCAAAGUUGCUCGAAUUCAUCACGAGGGUUUAGAUUAUGAUAUACUGACAUGUUAUGUAUGUGAUGAUUGUCCAGAAAUUGGUUAUGAGCACUUAUUACAAUUAGAGAAAUGUGAAGGUACAGAUAAAAUUUUAACAACAAGUUCAACAACUUCAACAACAUUAAAACCAACAACUAUAUUAAAAACAUCAUCAACUACUAUGUCAACAAUACAUAAAACUACAGAGUUACCUAGUAGUGCAAAAACAUCAACAACUACAAUCGAUAUAACAACAUUAAAUCAAGAAAUUACAACAAUUAUAACUGAAACAAGUACAAUUUUAAAUAACGAAUCUAGUUUAGAAACAACAUUAACUACUGAUGAAACGGAAAUGGAACUCGAAACUGAAGGGGAAACUGAUGCUUCAAUAAAUACUACAAGUCCAAUUCAAAUAUCUUCUGAACAAACAACAACUGAUAUUUUUCAAAAUAGUACAGUUACUCAAAAGAAAUCCAGUAUAAAAACGAUUCAAACAACUAAUAAAAUAAGCACAGGAUCACCAAUAAAUAUGACUUCAAGUAUUUCACAAAUAAGUACAAUUUCAAUACCGAAUAAUAAAUCAACUACAGAAGAAACAAAUCAACAUACUAAUUACAUGAAUUCAUCAACUACAUUAAAUCAAACACCGACAAUUGAACAAACAAAUACUACUCCAACAACAACACAUAAUUCAAUUACUGAUGACAUAAUAAAUACUACAAUGCCAUCUACUACUGAAUUAACAAUUUUAAAUUCUUCACAAAUUAUAUCAACUACAGCAAGUUCAGUAACAGUCAAUGCUACAAAUAAUUCUUAUACUACAACUUCACCAACGAUUCUCACAAAUAUAACUGAAAAUUCAAAUUCAACAACAUUAAAUGAAAACACAACACCAAGUAUUUGGGAAACAACAAAUACAAAAACUCAAAUCAAUUCAACUAUUAGUACAAUCAAAGGUAAUACGACCCAAGUGAAUAUUACUAAAUCAACAGUAGCUUCGACAACUAUAAACAAUGAAAAGAAUCUAUCAACAACUAACACAAUUUUUCAAAAUUCCAGUAGUAAAACAUCAAAAUCAAUUUUUGAUAAAACAACUAUAACACCUAUAACAUCAAGUCAAAUUACAACAGUAAAAAUAAAUGAGAAAAACACAAGUCUCAGUAAUCAAUCGAAUUUCGAAAUAAUUUCGUCAACUGUUAACAUCAGUGGAAUAAUAUCACAUACUACCGAAAAAUUAAUGUCAACAUCUAAAAUUAUGUUUACAGAUUCUAAUAACAAAACAAUAAAUGUUACAACAUCUCAACAAUUGAAUUCAACAACGAAAUCAAUAAAUCAUAAAUUAAAUAAUUUACCAUUACCAAGUACAACAAAACAAUUGUUAAAAACAUCAAAUUCUGAAAAAGAGAAAUCAUUUACGUUAUCUCUUAAUUUUACAACAGGAAAUCUCUUUACAAAUAGAAAUUCAACUUACUUCCAUGCUAAUAGUAUAACAGAGCAAAAUUUGAAGAAUUCUUCAGGUAUAAAUAAAAGCGUUAAUGACCCAAUAAUACUAGAACAAAAUAAAAAAUUCAUUGCAAGAAAUGGUAAUAUUAUCGUAAGGCCUGAAAGAACAACAUUUUUAAUUACAAAUUUUCCAAUAACACAAGAAAACAGAUUAAAAAAUUUUAGGUCCUUUUCAAAUACACGUAUGAAAAAAAAUUUAGAAUAUGCUGUAACUGAAAUUACAAAUGGAAGUAGUACGGAAGAUUUCAAGUUAACAGUAUUUAAUGCACGUAAAAGAUUAAUAAAAGAUAAGCCGGCCUGUUAUAAAAUGCGUUAUUUUGAUAACAAUAAAACAAAAAUAAGACGUGGAUGCACUUUUUAUUCAAUUGGUUAUGCUGACACAUGUACUAGAGUUGGAAAUAAAUUACAAAAAUCAUAUGAUCAUUGUGAAUUAUGUCAAGGACAUAUUUAUGAACAAGAUAAAAGAAAAUUUAUGAGUCAACAAUAA